AUGGCACCAAAAGCUGAAAAGAAACCUGCAUCCAAAGCUCCAGCUGAGAAGAAGCCAGCUGCUAAGAAGACCGCAUCCUCUUCUGAAGGUCCAAAGAAGAGAACCAAGGCUAGAAAAGAGACAUAUGCUUCCUACAUCUACAAGGUGUUGAAGCAGACGCACCCAGACACCGGUAUUUCGCAGAAGGCUAUGUCAAUUAUGAAUUCGUUCGUCAAUGAUAUCUUUGAGAGAAUCGCCUCUGAGGCUUCGAAAUUGGCUGCCUACAACAAGAAGUCCACCAUCUCUGCCCGUGAGAUCCAAACCGCCGUUAGAUUGAUCCUUCCUGGUGAAUUGGCCAAGCACGCGGUUUCUGAGGGUACGAGAGCAGUCACAAAGUACUCUUCUUCCACU